CGGAACAAGAAGCACAUGCAGACCGUGGCUGCGCAUGCGCAGUUUCAAGUAAGUAUAAGUGAUCGUAGAGAGGUCGAUAUGUCGCGUGUGCCAGUUUUAACAAUUUUGGGAUCUACAGGAUGUGGAAAAUCACGUUUGGGUAUCGAAUUGGCUCGCAGAUUUUCCGGAGAAAUUAUUUCGGCCGACAGCAUGCAAGUGUACAGAGGUCUCGACAUUAUCACGGCGAAAGUAACAGAAGAGGAAAAGAAACUGGCGCCGCAUCACAUGCUGGAUAUUCUAGAUCCCCUGAAACAUAAUUACACGGUGGUACAAUUCAGGAACAUGGCUAUAUCCAUUAUCAACGAUCUACACGCGAGAAAGAAGCUCCCGAUCAUCGUCGGUGGGACCAACUAUUACAUAGAGUCUAUACUUUGGGAAGUUCUAAUAGAUAAGAUGGAGAUCGAGAAAGAUAAACAAUUGGACGAAGAGAAUGUGUCAUGUUCGAAGAAGAUGAAGGUAGAAUUGGAUCGGUCGACCACGAAAAGCAACGAGGAACUCUACGAGGAGCUGGACCGUGUUGAUCCGGAAAUGGCCAAGCGAUUUCAUCCGAACAAUAGAAGAAAGAUCAUUCGAUCUUUGGAAGUGUUCGAGCAAUAUGGCGUAAAACAUUCGGAGCUAUUGAAAGCUCAAAGAACAGCCGGUGGUUCUGGAUUAGGUGGUCCUUUGAGACAUCAGAACUCCAUACUCUUAUGGCUCCGGUCUGAUGUGAAAGUCCUCGAGGAACGAUUGGACAGCAGGGUCGACGCCAUGGUUGAGACCGGUCUGGUGCAGGAACUGCUUGACUUUCAUCAGAGAUACAACGAGCAACGGAUUAAAUCCAACACGUCAGCCGAUUACACGAAGGGCAUCUUUCAGAGCAUCGGCUUCAAGGAGUUUCACGCUUACCUCGUGUUGCCCGAGGAUGAGAAGCGAGAGAAAAAGGGUCAGGAGUUACUACAAAAGGGUAUCGACGACCUAAAACUGGUUACAAAAAGGUACGCGAGGAGGCAAGAAAAAUGGAUCCGAAAUCGUUUAGUUCGUCGCAGCGAUAGACAGGUACCGCCAAUUUAUACAUUAGAUUGCACUAAUCUGGAUCAGUGGAACAGUUGUGUGUACGAACCAGCUGUGGCAAUAAUCGAAGCUGUGCUUAGAGGGGAGAAACCUACACAGAAACCUCUGAACGAGACGGUGGAAAACGAAAAAUUUACCGACAACAGCAACGAGGAAAGACAUUAUUGCGAUAUCUGCGACAGGAUAUUUAUUGGAUAUCAUCAGUGGAACAUUCAUAUGGGAAGUACAAAACACAAAAGAACUUUGAAAAAGAAAAGGAGAUUGGAGGAACUAAAAAAGUUGGAAGAACAAAAAGAGUCGGAAGAACAAAAAGAGUCGGAAGAACAGAAAGAGUCGGAAGAGCAAGACAAAUUUGAAGAAGAACAUAAAUUAAUAGAACAAAUGACCGAAGAAAAUCGAUGAUAAAGUUCGAUACACCAUUCCGUGUGCUGUGAUUGUACUUUGUGAAAUAUAUGCAAAAAAUAGCUAUAUUUCAUGCUCAUAUUUUGUAUUGUAUAUAAAAGUGCUUGAAAUAUGAA